AUGUUUGUAUUUAAUCAAGUAAUUGAUGAAAAAGAUGAAAUUCUUUAUGAAUUUUUUGAAAAGAACUUAAACCAACUUCGAUAUUAUCAAGAUGCUUUCAAAGAUAUUGAAUAUAAAAAUGAAAUUUCAGUAGUGAAAAUGAUUAAAUUACAUAUAAAAGAAAAAUAUAUUCCUAAUUACAGAAUGCAACGUUGUAAAUAUAAAUUUAUAAAAGAAAAUUUAAAUGUUCGAAAGUUAACUAAGUGUUUAAAGAUUUUUAAAGAAACUGAUGAUGAUAAAUUUAUGAAAUAUUUAGUUGAUUUUGUUGAAUAUUUAGAUUUCUUCCUAUACGAAGAUUAUUUGAAUCAUACAAAAUAUAGACAAACAUCUUUAAAGAUACCACAAUCAUUUAAAAAAUGUAAUUCUUUACAUUUUUCACAA